CUCUGCAGAAUGUCAAGCAAAGAUCGACACAUUGAUUCUAGCUGUUCGUCAUAUAUCAAGACGGAACCCUCAAGCCCUGCCUCCUUAACGGACAGCAUCAACCACCACAGCCCCGGUGGCUCUUCAGACGCCAGCGGGAGCUAUAGUUCAACCAUGAAUGGCCAUCAGAAUGGACUUGAUUCACCACCUCUGUACCCUUCUGCCCCUGUCCUUGGAGGUAACGGGCCUGUCAGGAAACGGUAUGAUGAUUGUUCCAGCACCAUUGCGGAAGAUUCGCAGACCAAGUGUGAAUACAUGCUAAACUCGAUGCCCAAGAGACUGUGUUUGGUGUGUGGCGAUAUUGCAUCUGGGUACCACUAUGGGGUAGCUUCAUGUGAAGCCUGCAAGGCCUUCUUCAAGAGGACAAUUCAAGGUAAUAUAGAAUACAGCUGCCCGGCCACAAAUGAAUGUGAAAUCACAAAGCGCAGACGCAAAUCCUGCCAGGCUUGCCGUUUCAUGAAGUGUCUAAAAGUUGGCAUGCUGAAGGAAGGGGUGCGUCUUGAUAGAGUACGUGGAGGUCGUCAGAAGUACAAACGCAGAAUAGAUGCAGAGAAUAGCCCGUACCUGAACCCUCAGCUAGUUCAGCCAGCCAAAAAGCCAUAUAACAAGAUUGUCUCACAUUUGCUGGUGGCUGAACCGGAGAAGAUCUAUGCCAUGCCUGACCCUACUGUUCCAGACAGUGACAUCAAAGCUCUCACUACCCUCUGUGACCUGGCUGAUAGAGAAUUGGUGGUCAUCAUUGGAUGGGCUAAGCAUAUUCCAGGUUUCUCUACUUUGUCUCUGGCUGAUCAAAUGAGCCUUCUGCAAAGUGCUUGGAUGGAGAUUUUGAUCCUUGGUGUUGUAUACCGAUCACUUUCUUUUGAGGAUGAACUUGUCUAUGCAGAAGAUUAUAUUAUGGAUGAAGAUCAGUCCAAAUUAGCAGGCCUCCUUGACCUCAACAAUGCCAUCCUGCAGCUGGUAAAGAAAUACAAGAGCAUGAAGCUGGAGAAAGAAGAGUUUGUCACCCUCAAAGCUAUAGCGCUUGCUAAUUCAGAUUCAAUGCACAUAGAAGAUGUUGAAGCAGUUCAGAAACUUCAAGAUGUCUUACACGAGGCUCUUCAGGAUUACGAGGCUGGCCAGCACAUGGAAGACCCUCGUCGGGCUGGCAAGAUGCUGAUGACUCUCCCGCUUCUGAGGCAAACCUCUACCAAGGCUGUGCAGCAUUUCUACAACAUCAAAUUGGAAGGCAAAGUUCCUAUGCACAAACUUUUUUUGGAAAUGCUGGAGGCCAAGGUCUGACUAAAAGCACCCUAGGCCUUCCCAUCAUGCACGCUGACAAAGGGAAAAUAAGCAAGAGCGUUAAUGGCAAAGAAACUUUAAUGACAACAACACACAAAUGACUGCACUGAUCAUUUAGCAGCAAGACUGUGAUGCAGCUUUCAACUUCCUCUGUAUCUUUUGAUGCAGCCUCUCUACUUUAUCUCUUAUCUCAUUCACUUUCUCCCCCUUUCUUUGUUCCUUCCUUUCCCACAAGCAUUCCUUUCCAUCACAUCCCUUCCUCCUCUCCUCUCUCAUCAACCUUCCCUCCUUCUUUCCUUCCUUCCUACUUAACUUCCUUCCUUCCACUGAACUUUUUAAAAAAGAGGUCUCUAAUUGAAGAGAGAUGGAAGCCAGCCCUGCCAAAGGAUGGAAAUCCAUAAUAUGGAUGCCAGUGAACUUACUAUGAACCAUAAUGUCCCCAAUGACAAAGGAAUCAAAGAGAGAACCAUCGUACCUAACAGUAAAAUAGAACACAAUGAAUUGACUCAAUGCAGUAUUAGAUUUCACAGGAGCAGUCUCUAAUUAGACAACUUAAGCUACGUGGCAUCGGCUGCUUCUUACCAUUGCAUUUCCAUCUAGAUCAGUUACAGCCAUUUGAUUCCUUAAUUGUUUUUUCAAGUCUUCCAAUUUGUUAGGUUUAGCUACUAUGUAACUUUUUCAGGGAAUAGUUUAAGCUUUAUUCAUUCAUGCAAUACUAAAGAGAAAGAAAAAUACUGCAUUUUUGUGCUGGCUUUGAACAAUGACGAACAAUAAUGAAGGACAAAUGAAUCCUGAAGGAAGAUUUUUUAAAAUGUUUUGUUUCUUCUUACAAAUGGAGAUUUUUUUGUACCAGCUUUACCACUUUUCAGCCAUUUAUUAAUGUGGAAAUUUAUCUUAUUCAAGCAAUAGUUGAAGGGAAGGUGCAUAUUAUCACGGAUGCAAUUUAUGUUGUGUGCCAGUCUGGUCCCAAACAUCCAGUUUCUUAACAUGAGCUCCAGUAUAGCUAAAUGUUCACUGACACAAGGGAUUAGAUUACACCUACGGGGGCUAUGAAUAGUCAUAUAUAUAAAAAUUCCUCACAUGGAGGCCACAUCUGUAGAAUUGUUAGAAGAGCACAUCUGUACCUGAGAGGUAAAGUUGUCAUUUGACUUCUAACUGUAGCAGUGGAAAAGAGAUGAAAUACUGCUUAUCUGCAAAGUUAGGAACAUUUCAUGGAAGGAGCUGUGAGCCAAUAUUUGUUAGAGGCAAUAAGUUAAAUGCCAAAAUUAGGAGAAAUUAAGAAAGAUAGCAAACACCUGACCAAAUUCCAAAAUCGGACAUUCGUGUGAGUUUAUUCAUUUAGAAUUUUGUUUUUUGGGGUUUGAUUUCAAUGGCAGUUUUUUUUAACCAAUAGCAAAACAAGAAUACAUGCUUUUCAACCAGUAUUGUCACAGCAUGAAAGUCAGGUUCAAGACUGUUAAAGAGGUGUAAUCUAAUGUAUAAAUCAAUUAGAUGCCCCCAGAAAACUACAGUUGCUAAAUAACCAAUAAACAAUAACCUCCAUCCAAUGCUAUACCAAUGUACCAGUGUUAGUAGCUGCUCCCUGUAUUAUGUGAACAUUCUUAUUCUAUGUACACAGAUGUAAUUAAAAUUGUAAUCCUAACAAACAAAAGAAAUGUAGUUCAGCUUUUCAAUGUUUCAUGUUUGCUGUGCUUUUCUGAAUUUUUAUGUUGCAUUCAAAGACUGUUGUCUUGUUCUUCUUGUGGUGUUUGGAUUCUUGUGGUGUGUGCUUUUAGACACAGGGUAGAAUUAGAGACAAUAUUGGAUGUACAAUUCCUCAGGAGAUUACAGUAGUAUAUUCUAUUCCUUACUGGUAAUAAGGUUCUUCCUAAUAAUAAUUAAGAGAUUGAAACUCCAAACAAGUAUUCAUUAUGAACAGAUACACAUCGAAAUCAUAAUAUUUUCAAAACAAGGAAUAAUUUCUGUAACAGUUUAUUAUAGAAUACCAAUGUAUAGCUUAGAAAUAAAACUUUGAAUAUUUCAAGAAUAUAGAUAAGUCUAAUUUUUAAAUGCUGUAAAUAUGGCUUUUACUCAGUCAUCUCUCAGAUGUUGUUAUUAACUCGCUAUGUGUCGUUGCAAAACUUUUUGGUGCGAACAAGUUUCCAAAACUAUCGCUACUUCGUGUGCUUUAAACAAAAUACGUGAGGCUGAUAUUCUGUCAGCCUUGUGCUAGAAAUACUGUGUAUCUAUCAUUAGCUAUAUGGGACUAUAUUGUAGAUUGUGGUUUCUCAGUAGAGAAGUGACUUAGUGUGAUUCUAGAUAAAUCAUCAUUAGCAAUUCAUUCAGAUGGUCAAUAACUUGAAAUUUAUAGCUGUGAUAGGAGUUCAGAAAUUGGCACAUCCCUUUUAAAAUAACAGAUUAAAAAAAAAAGUACAACUCCUGGGAAAAAAAAAGGUGCUGAUUCUAUAAGAUUAUUUAUAUAUAUAUAUAUAAGUGUUU